CUCCGUAAUAUAGGGUGGCCCGAGCUACAGCAGUCAGUUGAAGGGCCCGGGUUGGGGGACGGGAUGGACCCAAGCCAGAUGGAAAAAAAGGUUUCGGAGCUUAGUCAAUCUCAGCGAACCAACGUCCAUUCGGUACUCAAGGCCCCUGUAUUUCCCAAGAGUCACAUUAGAGUUGACGACGAUGAGGAUGAAGCAACAGGCUUGGACAACCCGUCUCAGACGUCCACCUUUCCGCAAUUGUCGACAUCGGCGGGGACCCAGUCAACUAGGGAAGGGAACAAGGAGGGGACUGGCCGAAAGCUGCUGAACAUGCUGAGAAAAAUUCUUAAAGGUAGUGAGAAUAAUGAAGUGAAUGAAGUACAAGACAUGCCACCUUUGGUUCCAUUUGGAGACGUGGUUGGCUGCCUGGGUGUUCAUAUAAAAAAGUGCAGACAUUUUUCACCUAGGAUCAACUUAAAGUAUCACUCAAAUUUGUUUAUUCGAAUCACUGUAAACAAGAUCAUGAAAAGUACUAAAGCUCAUUCCUUGAAUUUAAAGAACAUUGAGAGGAAACCGGGAAUUAGGUUUGAAGAAGUAAAAUAUUUUUCUAUACAGGUUCCAAGACGUCAAGAUGAUGAGAGGAAUAUGAUUUAUUUGGAGCUAAUGGAAUUUGAUGAUUUGGAAGCAUACCCUGUACUGUUGGGAAGUUUUAGCUUACAUCUUUAUGAAGUAAUUCAGAAAGGAUGCUUCACCGAAGAAGUUUAUAUGAAGAUUAGAAAUCUGGUUGUCUGCAAACUUGAAGUGGAGUUUAUGUUUUCCUAUGGAAACUUUGGCUUUGGCUUCUCACAUCAGUUAAAACCACUUCAGAAGUUGAUUCAGCCAUCUAUGUUUAUGCAUGUUCCCCCACCCUUAGAAAGAACAGACCCUCUAACAAAUGUUAUCACACCCCAACGAAUAGAAUACCCAGCAUUCCUGUCUCCAGAUUUGAACGUUACUGUUGGGACUCAGCAAAAUCAAAUUCCAUCUUUUCCAGUGCGACUUGAAAAACUUCAGAAACAACCUCGGGACAGACUUGACAGAAUGAAAAAAGAAUAUCGAAAUCUGAAAACAUGGGAAGAAAAAUCUGAAUAUUUAGACCAAAUCCUUCGCAUGAAAAACUCGCCAAAAGACUUUCCUGGCUUAAGAGAUAGCAACAGCAAUAACGACGUACUUCUAAAGCAGCGGGAGUCUCAGUUCCUAGCAAAUCUUUUCCAGCCACCAGAAUACUCACUUCAAAAGCAAGAGGAUAUACCUUUCCCGUCCGAACUGCCUGUCAAGACACCGGAAGUUAAGAAGAGUCUGCGAAUGGGAGAAAUGAGAAUCGAAUCCCCAGAUUCGAGUCUGAUUGUUCAAGUCAAUGCUGAAACAAAAAAUGGAAGCCGCGCUCCUGGGGAAAGUCUCCCUUUACCUCUAGCUUCAUUAAAAGGGAAAGAUGUUUGUGUAGAACCUGUAGAAAGAAGCGAUGAACUCGUAGGUGAAAACAAUGAACCUGAAGGAGAAACAUCAGGAAGACAGAUCACAGACUCGGCUUCAUCAGAAGUAAAGCCAAAACAGAGCCAUCAAUCAGAAACAAAGUUGAAAAGUAGCAGCUUGAUCCGAGACAGAAGAAAGAGGAGCACAGAUGAAUUUGGAUUAGAAACAAAAAGACAAAGUGUAAAGCAAGAAAGCAAAAAAGGCUCAGAAUUUCUGCAGGUUCUAAAAGAAGACACUGAAACGGUCUCAAAGGCGCCUCUUCCUCGACAUGUUUCCUUUAAUAUUUUGAACGAAACUACGGUAUUAUGUUCAAGUCCAGUCUUAAACAAAGAUGAGAUGGAAGAAAACACUAGCUUGAAUGAAGUUAAGAGCAGGAAUGGGGGAAAGGAAAAGUACAAAAAAGGGGUAGGUGAGAAGAAUGAAGAUGAAGAAGAGAGUGAGCAAGCCCCAGAGGGCACCAGGUGUCCCAGAGCCCAGGGAAUUCGGACUUGGAGGAGCAACCAGUAGACACCAGUCAGGACUCUUCAGAUAAUAAAAAAGAAGACUUACAUUUGAACAUAUUUAAGCAUCUCCAAAAAGCAAAAGCAAGAGCAAGGUUUGAUUUGGGAAGAAGCCCAGGAGACAACCAAUACCCAUUUAAAGAACCUUGCAAGACUAAAUACUGUUCGGGAGGUAACAAUAUUGAAAGAAAACUUUGGGAUAUUUACAGGCCCUGGGUGGUUUCAACAGAUUUAUUUCAUGUAAAGUUUACAAACCCAGGUCUAGAGGAAUAUAAUCAGAAAAAAGACCUAAAAGAUCUAUGAAAAAAGCUUAAAUCAUUUGUGAUAUUCUACAGUUGUUAAAUAGUUCAUAUGUGAAAGGCAAGUAUGAGGAUGAUUAUUAAAUACAUCAUGAAUCUCCUAUUAAUAAA